CCAGGCUGUCAUACUCUCGACACGCGACAAAUUUGUCGCGCUCUCUGUAUCAAAGCUCGCGCUUCGCGGGCUUCAUCUCAUCGCAUCGCAUCGCCUCCACGGACAAAUUAAACGGCGAAAAAGAAUCAGAAAUAGAGAACAAAGAAAAGGUCAGCGAUUACCUCGACCAGGCGGCCGUUCGAUACGUCGGCAUUUGGUUCUCAUCUUCAUCGGCAAUGGGGGGCUGCGCCUCGUGCAACGCCGCUGUAAUGACGGAGAUGGAAGGGACGGCGAAGGUGGUGUUGCCGGAUGGGGGGCUCCUUGAGUAUGACCGGUCGGUCACGGCGGGGAGUGCUCUGGGUAAGGACUCAUCGCGCUUCUUCGUGUGCGACGCGGACGAGAUGGAGAUCGGGAGAUUUUUGUCGGCGGUGAGCGUCAACCAGGAGCUCUGCUCGGGGCAGCUCUAUUUCGUGCUCCCGCGGUCGAUGCUCAACUACCCGCUACGCGCUGAGGACCUUGCGGCCCUGGCGGUGAAGGCGAGCACGGCGCUGAUUGGCGCUGCGGGGCUGUGUGAUCGUCGGGCAGUGGCCCCGCUGUUUUUUCCAGUGGAUAACGCCGAUCGGAGGCGGGUGAAGAAGGAGAAGCAGGAUUGGCAACGGAGGUCGCCGAGGAACGGCAUCAAAGGGCCAAAAUUCUCGCCGGAGCUGAUCGCCAUUCCAGAAUAGAUGCACCUCUGCCGUGGACUUUUGCAAUUCCGUGCCGGCGAUGGAUCCGGUUGGUUGAUCUGGACCAUAACGUAUAAAUGGACAUACAUACUGUUAAUAUAUGAUGA